UUGUUGAUGAUUACUUCGUUAGUCGAGCAGGCUGGUUAAUAUCCACUGAAACUUUGAAUUUAGUACCUGUUUUUUAGUCAUUACAUUGGUUUGCUGUCGACAGCCCUAUAGUGGCAUUGCCAUUUUACAAUGCUACAGUUCCUGGCUGGUUUCACCUUGGGAAAUGUUGUGGGGAUGUACCUCGCUCAAAAUUAUGAUGUUCCCAACAUAGCCAAGAAAAUUGAAGCUUUUAAAAAAGAUGUGGAGGCCAAAAAGAAGCCACCAGAGUGAACAAAAUGGGACUGUGUUGCUGGCAGAAGACAAUGGAGUGUGCAGAGAAACUAUUUGUUUUGCUGGGUUAUGUUACGAGUGUACAUUUGAUU